GCCUAUCGUGUCCGAACGUCGACGGCAGUGGUCCUGGCGGAGAGUCCUGCUCCAGGAGGGGACACUUCUUCACUGCGCUGCGGAGCGACGGGGGCGAACACUCGCGGCAGAAAAUGAACCAGACACCUCGGGCACUCGCCGUGGAUUAAAAAAAACGGAAACUUUUUUUUACGAUGGCGCCGAGGGUGAAAAAGUAGCACGAGAACGCAGCACGCUAACCGCCGUUCAGCCGCCGCCGCCGCCAACGGACCCUUCUACUGCAAAAGCAAAAAAAUAUGCUCCAGCCGAGCCGCCUCAACCCCGGCGCCAGUCGCACACUCGCAGCGUUGUAACCGGUUCCUUCGCCAGGCAUUCGCCGGCUCCUGCGAGUUUUACUUUUAUCGUGUUUUUCUGGUCUCUGCCCCCCCCCCCGGCCCCCCCCCCCUCCGACCCACCUGCGAGAGAGAACCAUGGCAGGGAAGCUGACAGCGGCGCAAGGCACAGGAAUACUGCUGGUGACGGCCAACGUCGGAUCCCUGUUCGAGGAUCCUGAAAAUCUACAAAAAACAUGGCUGAGGGAGUUUUACCAGACAGUCCAGUCACAUAAGCCUCACUUCUUGGCCGUGCACUGUCAAGAGGUAGGCGGGAAGAAUUACGAGGCGUCCAUGUCACACGUGGAUACUUUUGUCAAAGAGCUUUUGUCCAGUGAUGCCAUGAAGGAGUACAGCAGAGCCCGCAUCUACCUCGAUGAGAACUACAAGUCCCAGGAGCAUUUCACAGCUCUCGGAAGUUUCUACUUUAUCCACGAGUCUUUGAAAAACCUCCACCAGUUUGAUUUCAAAGCCAAGAAGUUCAAGAAGGUGGUGGGGAAGGAAACCUGCUCGGAGACACUAGAAAGCACACCUACGCUGGAGAAGGAGAAGUUUCCGCAGGACUACUUUCCUGAGUGCAAGUGGUCCAGAAAGGGAUUCAUCAGAACUCGAUGGGCCCUGGCUGACUGUACCUUUGAUUUGGUCAACAUCCACCUUUUCCAUGAUGCUUCCAACCUGGUGGCCUGGGAGAAAAGCCCCUCAGUCUACUCCGGGACCAGGCAGAAGGCCUUGGGCUACGUUUUAGAGAGGAUCUCAGACCAGCGUUUCGAAAAGGUGCCAUAUUUUGUCUUCGGGGACUUUAACUUCAGGUUGGACUCGAAGCAGGUUAUUGAGAGUCUCUGCUCCACUGCCACCAUGCAGACAGUCCGGGCCGCCGACACCAACGAAGUCGACAAACUAAUAUUUCGAGAAAGUGAUAAUGAUCGAAAGGUUGUGCUUCAGCUUGAAAAGAAGUUUUUUAAUUAUGUCAACCAGGACGUUUUCCGGGAAAACAAUGGGAACUCACUUUUAGAGUUUGACAAAGAGCUGUCGGUGUACAAGGAUCGCCUGCAUGAACUGGAGAUUUCAUUCCCACCCAGUUAUCCGUACAGUGAAGACAGCAGUCAGGGGAAGCAGUACAUGAACACCAGAUGCCCCGCCUGGUGCGACCGAAUCCUCAUGUCUCCUUCUGCCAGAGACCUGGUCUUAAAGCCUGAAAACGAAGAGAAGUCUAUAGUCUAUGACAACAUUGGGCCCAAUGUCUGCAUGGGGGACCACAAGCCUGUCUUCCUGUCCUUCCGAAUAACAGCGGGGGCAGGUAAACCUAAUGCAAAUAAGCACAAGUGUUGUGUGGUGCAGUGAUGUCGUGGGAAGAGUUGCCAAAGGGGGGGAGAACAUAUUUCGUGAAGCGCCUCUGUGAGAACACCGGAGAAACAAACAGGAUGGACACACACAAACACACAACCACACACACACACUGACACUCACACACACACACACAAACACACACACACGCACACACACGUAUGCGCACACACACUUUGCACAAGCGUACACUGAAGAACCUAGACAAACUUUUUUCAGCCGUGCUGACCAGUUGCAGUUGUCCUGACACCUCAUUCAUACGAAAACCGCAGCCCCUUUCUCUCUCCAUAAAACACUUGCCGAGAUGUGGACGAGCGCCCGAGGGCCCCGGCUCCAGACAAGACACACAUCGCUGACCUCACCGUUGCCAUGCAACCCCAUUCCCCCCGAGAGGAGAAAAGCAGGACGGACGACUCUUUUCCACGCCACAGCCUCAUUUGCCAAAACUCUAAUUGAAAUCAGUCUUACUACAUACUUUAAGACACCGUGCUUGCCAUUUUUAGGUAUGCCUCUGUGUAUAGGAACUACUUUCCAUACAGUAUGUAAGGUGUUUAAAAAAAACAAAAGUGCAAUGCAAAAAAGUUGUGUAUCUAUAUUGUUAGGUUUAUUUGUACAUUAGACAUUAUAACAUAGAGUUUGUUGAUGAAUUUAGUGCCGUUCUCUUCUCUGACCAAACUCCUUGGUCCCAUUGUUAGAAUAGACCGAUCUUUUCAGUUUAGUUCAACAAUUUAUAUACAUAUACAUAUAUAUAUAUUAUUAUUUUUUGGGGGUUUUUGAGUUGUUGUUGUUUUUGUGUGCACAACACACUGCCAUGCCUGACAUCAGUUGAGUCUCAUUUUAUAUACUGUACUUUUUAAAGAGAUAAUUUAUGAUUCUUACCAAAAUGUUUAUGCUGAAGUGGCGAGCAGGGGGCCGAGCGUCGACCGUGACCUUUUGACGAGUCAGUGCAAGACGAGAGAAACCGGAGGAGAGAGAAAAAAAAACCUAUUCAGUGACUCGUCGCCUAUCCAAGAAUGUUUUAAGCAGUGCCAUAGAGACCAUGCAAGUAUAUAAGAUAAUGUUUCAUACAUAGCACUCUCACGUUAUUAUUCUCACUCUAACUUAUUUCUAUGAUAUUAUGAUUCUGAAUGUGAUAUUUUUAGAUAGGCUUGGGUAUCCUUAAAAUGUAAACUUCUUCUUGUCUAUUUUUGUUACUGCGUUAUGGUGCCAAGUAUCCCACACAGAAAUGAAGUGUGUACGAGUUAUAAAAUACUUAAGUCAGAUGGUAAAGGUAUUGAUUACGAAAUGUAAAACACAAAAAAGAGAGAGAAACUCUAAGCGCGGGGGGAGAGAGCAGGAAGACUUGCUUUUUAUUUGUUUUGUAUGUAGCCUUCAGCAGCCUUCACUGCAAAUAAUUUGAGCAUUACAGGGUGUGUUUGGAGACGCCAGCGUUUCUUUUUAACGAUUUCAUUUACUACACUACAGAUUUCCGAUUUGUGUGGAGCCGUCAGAUUGAUCCUCCGUGAUUUUUUUUUUUUUUUUUAAAUAAAUCUAAAUCACCUUAAGUAGAAAUGAUUUUGUGCCUGCCACAGAAUUUAUGUUGUCUCGUGCGAUUUGGUUCUUAGGCAAAAAGUGUAAAACGAAAAAAAAAGAAAUGAAACCUGCUUGUUUUCGUUCCUGCUGGGCUUUGUGAGUUUACUGUAGGAGUAUAAGCCGCAGUUUUUUCUUCACUCCAUCUUAUAAAGGCUGAUAGAGAUUUUAUUCUAGCCCCUUCUGGACGGCCUGGCCUCUACUGUAAGUGAUGCAGUUCUCAAGCAAUAAAAAAACAAACCAUAGAGCUCAA